CGCCGUUGGAAUUUGAGGCGCUUCUUAGUAUCUUGGCUGGAUUUCCGGCCAGGGAGCUGAGUGGGAGUCCGGAGAACCGACAGGCUUCCCGGGCCCGGCCCGAGUGGGGUUCCCGGAGAGAAGCAAGGCCUUUUUUGAACAUUCCUGUCCAGAAACUGAUCUGAAGAGGACAGGGAAUUUUGAACAGGGGCUGAAGUUAUUCCCCAAGCUGAAUGAUGACUUCAGCUGUGGGUUGCCUGGCUUCAGCUCCUCAGGAGCAGGAGGGACUCCUGAUAGUCAAGCUGGAGGAAGACUGUGCUUGGGGUCAGGAAAUCUCCAUACAGGAUCCUGGAAUAAGCCCUGAGACCUGCCACCAGUGCUUCAGGCAUUUCCGAUACCAACAGGCAGCUGGACCUCGGCAGGCCUUCAUUCAGCUCCAGGAGUUUUGCCAACGAUGGCUGAGGCCCGAGAUACACUCCAAGGAGCAGAUCCUAGAGCUGCUGGUGCUGGAGCAGUUUUUGACCAUCCUCCCUGAGGACAUCCAGAGAAGAGUACGGGAGCAACAUCCAGAGAGUGGGGAAGAGGCAGUGGCUCUUGUGGAAGAAUUGCAGAUAGAACACACAAGAUGCAGGCAGCAGGUCACAAUCCAUGGGCGGGGACAGGCAGUGCCUUUGGAGGAGACCUCACCUCUGGAAGCAGCACAGGAACCACCGAACUUCAAGCUGGAGCCAUCGGAGACUGAGCAGAGCCCUUGCCUUGGACUACAGGACCUGCUGGGCCCUAGCCCUAAAGGGGGGCCCCAGCCCCUAAAGGAGAGGGCAUCAUCUGCUUCCUGGGUUUCUCUUCUUCCUUCUAAGGCAGAAGACACCGAAGACAAAGAGACAACAGGAUCCCAGUUACCUAUGACCUUUGAAGAUGUGGCAAUGUAUCUUUCCCAGGAGGAAUGGGGACAUCAGGAACUCAGUAAGAAGGCCCUUUCCAGGGAAGCCAUACAGGAGAAUUAUGAGAACGUGGUUGCAUUAGAAUCUCAGAUUCCAAAUCAGGACCCAGUCACCCAUGUAGAACAAGAAGAAAAGUCGUGGGAUCCCAGUCUUCAGAGUGUUAAGGAGCAAGGGAACUCCAGAGCCCCUUAUAUAGAAGAGAAGAAAGAAGAUAAGGAAGAUAAUUCUCCUUCUGAACACUUUGAUGAACUGCCUCAAGAAAUCCCCCCAGGACAUUCAGAAAUAGAGGUCCCCUGGAGUCCUGAACAGGGAAAAUUAGAAGGACAAUGGAAUCCUUCUCUAGAGGAGAGACUGGAAAAACCUACAGCUUGGGCUUUGGGUUGCAAUGAAUUGAUAAGACCAAAGAAACCUCAGCCAGGAGAGAAACUUUUUAAAUGUCCUGUAUGUGAAAAAAAUUUCUCUAAUAACUCAAAUCUUAUUAGGCACCAGAGAACCCAUACAACAGAGAGACUCUGUAUGGGUUUAGAGUGUGGGGAAAUCUUCAGUGGGAACCCACAUUUCAUUCCACCUCAGAGAGUACAUCUGGGAGAAGAAGCCCACAAGUGCCUUGAGUGUGGAAAAAGCUUCAGUCAGAACACACACCUGACUAGACAUCAGCGUACUCAUACAGGUGAGAAGCCCUAUCAGUGUAAUGUGUGUGGGAAAAGCUUCUCUUGCAACUCAAACCUUCACAGGCAUCAGAGAACCCAUACUGGUGAAAAACCCUACAAGUGCCCUGAAUGUGGAGAAAUUUUUUCUCAUAGUUCUAACCUCAUUAGACAUCAGAGAAUUCACACAGGAGAGAGACCCUAUAAAUGUUCUGAAUGUGGGAAAGGUUUCUCUCGAAGUUCACAUCUUGUCAUACAUGAGAGAACCCACGAAAGAGAGAAAUUUUACCCUUUCUCUGAAUGUGGGGGAACAGUAAGUAGCAGUACAGCAGUUACCACAAAUCAUGCAACUCAGAGAGGAGAGAAGAAGCUCUUUAAAUGUUUGACAUGUGGGAAAAGCUUCAGGCAGGGUAUGCAUCUUACCAGACACCAGAGAAUACACACAGGAGAAAAACCUUAUAAAUGUCCUCUGUGUGGGGAAAACUUCUCUCACAGCUCCAACCUCAUUAGGCACCAAAGAAUCCACACAGGAGAGAAGCCCUAUACCUGUCAUGAAUGUGGGGACAGUUUUUCUCACAGCUCCAAUCGAAUUCGACAUCUGAGAACGCACACUGGAGAAAGGCCCUAUAAAUGUUCUCAGUGCGGAGAAAGUUUUUCUCGAAGUUCUCGUCUUAUGAGUCACCAAAGAACUCACACUGGCUAGAAAUUUGCGAUUUUGGUUUGCAGUUUUGACACAGCCAAAUUAGCAGAGGAGCUUUUAUUUGUAAUUGGCCUUCUCUAUCUCAAAGACAGAUGUCUACUUUGAAGAAAUUGCUUCAGAGAAUUAUUUUGCGGGUAAGGAGAAUUUUGUGCAGACAAGCCGAGUUAGCCUCAAGCUGUGAAAGACAUUCCUCCAUCUUCUCCAGCACCUGGGGGGCAGCAGGGAGAACAGCAGGUGCACUCUGUGGUGACCCCCUCAGAGAAGAAUUCUAUAUAGGGUAAGUCCUCCCUGUUCUAAGGCAAACACUCCUCAGAAUGUAUCUCCAGAUUUUGAUGUGGCUCCCUUGCUGUGCCUUUUAUCUCUAGUCAAAUUGGAUAAAGUGGGAUUUAUAUUCUAUGUCUGACAUCCUUCUCCAGAGGGACACAGAUGGAGUUUUUGGGCUGCUUGAGGUUCUGGAGACAAAUUUAGAAGCUUUCCUGGAAGACUACUGGCUGUAAUGUUAGUUAAAAACAUGAAUAAUUUAAGACUGAUAGCAGCAUCAUUCCCUCUAAUAAAGAGUGACCACUGAAAGGGGAAAUUGGUGGAUUGCUUCAUAAGGAGAGAGGAAAGUUUCAGGUCAGUGAGAGAAACAGUAGAGGAUGCAGCAGAAGUCUGGAUCAGCCUAUAUUCUGCAGGGAUUUUUUAGGCAAUUUUUUUUUCUAUUACAACAUAGUUGAUGAAGAGCCAUGCAGGAGUUCCUGAAUCAGGUAAGCUAAUGGACAAAAUAUUCAGGAAGAUAAGUGUGGGUUCACCAAGACAAAAGAUUUGAAUAGCCUGGAUAUACAGAGGGGACGGGGGGGAUGGGAAUCAGAUAUCACAGACUGGCUCUUCCCCACUCCUCCAAAGUUGUCCAGAUUAAGUCAUAACAUUAAAGCUACUUUAGAAUGAUCAACAUGUCUUAAAAUACCAUAAACAUACAUGUUUUGCCAGUAAUGCCUCUUGCCAACUCCAGUAUUGAUUUGUUUGCUUUGCUUUGGGCUGAUGGCUCGCUCUUUGUGUUGUCUUUUUGGACUGACCUGGAAAUUUCUGAUAAAAAUCCUAGUAAUUGGAUUUAUUUUGUGUCCAUCACUAGCAUAUGUUAAGGCUAGAACACUUAUGAUGGGCUAUGUCUAAGUCCAAUAUCUGUCUAGCUUACACUGGACUUAUCACAAAGCCUUUAAAAGGAAUGUUUUUACCUUCUAUGAACUUGGUGUAAUAAAGUCAAAUUUCUUUCA